AUGAAGCCAAAAGGUACAGACCCAAGGAUUUUAUCUCUAGCUGCUGAAGUUGCAAAAAGUCCUGAGCAGAAUGUUCCUGUUAUACUGUUGAAGUUAAAAGAAAUAAUAAACAACACACCUUUCGGAAGCUCAGAGUUGAAGAAAAUCAAACAGGAUAUAUAUUGUUAUGACCUCAUUCGAUAUUGCCUCUUGGUGCUCAGUCAAGAUUGUUCUCGAAUCCAGGGUGGUUGGGCUACAAUUUCCCAGCUUACACAGAUAUUAAGCCAUUGCUGUGUGGGCUUAGAGCCAGGAGAAGAUGCAGAGGAAUUUUACAAUGAAUUACUUCCAUCAGCUGCAGAAAAUUUUCUGAUUUUGGGAAGGCAGUUGCAAACAUGUUUCAUCAAUGCAGCUAAGGGUGAAGAAAAAGAUGAAUUACUGCACUUUUUCCAAAUUGUGACUGAUUCUCUCUUCUGGCUUGUGGGAGGCCAUGUUCAACUUAUCCAAAAUGUACUACAAAGUGAACAUUUCUUGCACUUACUGCAAACUGAUAAUGUUCAAAUAGGAUCUACAGUCAUGAAUAUGGUACAGAACAUACUACAGAUAAACAGUGGUGAUUUACUCAGAAUAGAAGCAAAAACCCUGCAUUCAAUUUUAGAUGAAGUUAUUUUCAAGCUUUUAUCUACUCCUAGUCCAGUCCUAAGAAGUACUGCUACAAAGCUCCUACUGUUGAUGGCAGAAUCCCAUCAGGAAAUUUUGAUUUUACUAAGACUAAGUGCCUGCUACAAAGGACUAAGAAAUCUACUAAAUAAACAAAAACCUGGGAUAGAGUUUCGUCAUGAAUUUAGACAGCUCAUUAGCCUUUUAAGCCCGAAGGUCUAUCAGGAAGUAGAAGAGCAGAAACUACAUCAAGCAGCAUGCUUGAUUCAAGCUUAUUGGAAGGGUUUCCAAACUAGAAAGAGAUUAAAGAAGCUUCCAUCUGCUGUGAUUACUUUGCAAAGGAAUUUCAGAUCCAAACGAGCGAAGAUAUUACUAAAACUAAAAAGGCAGAAGGAAGAAGAGGAAAACAGAUUACAACUGCAACUUGAAAGGCAGAGAGCCAUGAGAAUUUACCGAGAAGUACGGCUGAAUAUGCUUGAAAUUGUUCAUCCAGGUCAGGUGGAAAAACAUAAUCGGGAAAUAGAAGAGAAAUCAGCACUGAUUAUCCAGAAACAUUGGAGAGGGUACAGGGAAAGGAAAAAUUUUCACCAACAGAAGCCAUCUCUCGUGGAGUAUAAAGCAGCUGUCACACUUCAGAGAGCAGCUCUUAAAUUCCUAGAAAGGUGCCGUAUGAAAAAGAAACAAUUUGCUCCUUGGCAAGGACCCAGAGAACUCACUGAUGCACAGAGAGUUGAACUGAAGCAACAUGUUGAUGACUAUGUUAGAAGACAUCCAAGCUCUCAGAUGUCAGAUGUGGCCAGCAGAGAACUCCAUUCCCAAGCACAAGAACGACUACAACACUACUUCAUGGGCAGAGCCCCAGAAGAUAGAGCCCAACAGCACAGAGAGGCUCUGAAGGCACAGAUCAAUACCAACAUUGAGCAGUUAAUGAAGGCACCAACUCUGAAGGAGGCAGAAGGGAAAGAACCUGAGCUCUUCCUAAGUAGAUCCAGACCUGUGGCGGCCACGGCCAAGCAGGCCCACCUCACCACUCUGAAGCAUAUACAAGCGCCCUGGUGGAAAAAGCUCGGGGAAGAAGCAGGAGAUGAGGUUGAUGUCCCAAAGGAUGAGCUUGAUAUAGAAUUAGGAACUUUAUUUAUUGGUGGAACCAAACCCCCUUAA